UCAUGUUUUGAAAAUGUACUUCCUCAAUUUUCUUAGAUAAAUUGCCCUCAAAAACAUCAAAAUGUUCAUGAUUCCAACGCAUCUCUCCGUACCGGAGUUUAUUUCACUUACAUCUGAGGAUAUGGAUUCGCCAACAACGUCAAGUUUCUUUGAGAAAAUGCCAAAAUGUCGUGAUACAGUGACAUAUCUAGAAGAGAAUUUGGACUUUGACAGGAGUGGGCUGAACCGAACAAAGAAAGCUGUAAAGGCACUUUAUAACUCUGGCACUAGUCAAUCAAUGAAUGAGGAUUAUUUGGCCAAGAAUUUUACGCGCCUUGCCAACAAUGCCAUGUCCAAGGAACAGGAGCCUGAAAUUGGUGCUGCAUUCAUGAAGUUUGCCGUCGUGACGAAGGAGUUGUCUGAUCUCAUGAAGAACCUGAUGCAGAACUUAAACAACAUUGUGAUGUUUCCGAUGGAAUCUUUCCUGAAAGGUGAUUCUCGGGACGUGAAGGGAGAUUUGAAGAAACCAUUCGACAAGGCUUGGAAGGAUUACUUUACCAAGUAUGGUAAGAUUGAGAAAGAGAAGAAGCAGUUGGCCGAGAAACAUGGAUGUCAUCGGACAGAGAUCUCGGGCGCAGAGAUUGCUGAAGAAAUGGAAAAAGAGAGAAGAAUGUUCCAGUUACAGAUGUGUGAAUAUUUGAUCAAAGUCAAUGAAUUCAAGACGAGAAAAGGUGUGGAAUUACUUCAACAUUUAGUGGAAUAUUACAAGGCACAAACAAAUUUCUUCACAGAUGGCAUGAAGGUUGUCAAUCACUUCACAAGUUAUAUCGACGAUCUUUGCUCGAAUAUCCAUAAGACGAAACAACGCCAGGACUUAGAGCGACGGAACUUGGUUGACUUGAGAGACUCGCUGAAAAACGUCUUGGCUGUUUAUAAAGAGCAUUCUUGUUUUCGAGGCUUGAUCUCCGGAGUCACAUCUGAUCAUGAAACUUUGCCAACUUCCAAAGAGAUGGGAUACAAUCUCCACCAGUUGUCGGGGAACAAAGUCCACGGGUGCGAGAAGCAAGGAUACUUGUCCAAGCGUAGCGAGAAUAUGUUGAAGAAAGUUUGGCUGCGGCGGAAGGUCAUGAUAAAAGAUGGAAUCAUGUUUAUCAGCCGGUCCGAUUCGAGCAAAGAGCCAGUGAAACUUAACUUACUCACAUGUUCAGCAAAGGUUGCUACUGACGACCCGACGAAACGAUGCUUCGACUUAAUGUCAGGAUCUCAAAUCCGAACCUAUCGAUUCCAGGCGGAGGACAUGAAGGAGUUGGAGGAAUGGUUAUCUGUCCUGCACAAUGCAAAGGAGGCCGUCUUGAUGAAAGCGUUUACCGACUCACCCGAGGACAACACCGUCAACCAAAGCGUGAAAGAGCUUACCAGGAGUAUAAUCGGCGAAGUGAAGAAAUUACCGGGCAAUCGAUACUGCUGUGAUUGUUCUGCGCCUGAGCCAGAAUGGUUGUCCACGAAUCUAGGAGUCCUGGUGUGUCUGGAGUGCUGUGGUAUCCAUCGGGAAAUGGGGGUCCAUAUCUCCCGGAUGCAGUCGAUAGUCAUUGAUGAUCUGGGGACGUCGCAGUUAUUGCUUGCUCGGGUGAUAGGUAAUGCGAGUUUCAAUGAAAUUAUGGAAGCAACACUCAGCCCUGCACAGAAAAUCACACCCUCACAACAAAUAAGCCAAGAAAGAAAGGAUUUCAUCCGAGACAAAUACGAGAAACAUCACUUUGCGAUCAAGAUUUAUACGAGCUCCGAGGCUAUCCGACAAGACCUUAAACAAGCUAUUCUCUCAAAGGACAUCCUAUCGUUAUUACAAGUAUUCUCUGAGGGGGCCAACUUGAUGUGCCCCUUACCUGACAUGCCAAAUAAUGAGACAGCCCUACACUUAGCCAUUCAACAGGAGGACGGUACAUCACUACAUAUGGUCGAUUUCAUUAUACAGAAUUCAAUGAGCAAUGACUUGGAACGGACAACUAAACUUGGUGACACAGCCCUCCACAUCUGUGCCAAAUAUAAUCGAACAGAGUGUAUGAAGUUAUUACUCAGAACCAAGAUGCACAUUGUCACAUUGCAGAACGGUAAUGGGCAAACAGCGCUAGAUAUUGCCACCGAAUACGGGUUUGAUACGUGCAUAGAAUUGCUAAAACAUGCAAUAAACCACAAGACAGACAUGUUCCAUCACGUGAACAUUGACUGGGAUCUGAUCCAGGAGGACCAUAUCUACGAUCCCGUCGACGGUCUCGACGGUGUCGAUUUCAGUGACGAUGAGCUAGACGAACGGCCAGCGCCCCGCUUGGGAGAGUUCAAAGUUCGGUCACGACCUUCGAGUGCAAUAGACAUUGGCGUGAAUCUUUAUUUGCCACCGCCACCUGGAACGAAACCCUCGGAUCAAAUGGAUGGGAGGGGUUUCGGGUUUGGGACGAGUCCAAAGGGCCAGCCACCUCCCCCACCUCCUCAUAAACCGAAAGUAUUCUACCGUCACUCCCUAUGUCUGUCAGUUCCGAAUCUCAUUAUCCCAAACAAUGGGACAGUGGCACCCCCACCAGUCCCCACUAAGAAGAAGCCAGCUCCACUUCCCCCUGGACCAAAGACCCCCACCGCACCCACCCACCGACGGACACCCUCAGAGCCUCCUCCUUUGCCAGCCAAAUCCUUUCCCUCAGGUGCUAAACUUGUACUCCCUCCUACAGUGCCAACAAGUCAGAGUGAACAGUCAGACUCAGCCUUGAAGCCCAAGCCGUUUCCACGACACACCCGGUCCAGCAGCGACCAAGUUGAUAGCGUUAAGACUUUCAUCAACAAUGAACCGUUGAAAUCCCCAGGUAGUCUGAGCUCGAAUGACUUUGCAGGUAGAGGAAACCCACCCGUCCCGGUGCGGAGGCAGAAGAAGAGUUCUGGGUCGGAGCCUGGUGGCGUACAGCGGCGGCGUUGUCGCGCACUGUAUCCGUGUGUUGCGGAUAAAAGGGAUGAGUUGACGUUUCAGGAGGGUGAGAUUAUAUUGGUGCUGAGGGAGGAGGAUGAGACAUGGUGGGAAGGUGAGAUAGCAGGCCAACCCGAUCGGCGGGGAAUGUUCCCCGUCAGUUUUGUUCAUAUACUCAUUCCAGGAGACAAAUACAUUGAUUCAUACAGCUGAAGUGGUGGCGAGUUUCCAAAAGGUAUGGAACUAUCAAGUUUGAAAAUCAAAUCUAUUUUGGAAAAUUCUGUGUGUUUAAUGUUGGAGAUUAGGGUUAAUGAAAUGAAUGUCGUGAUGAAUAAAAAGGUACAAUUACAAAUGAACUGAAUAUAAUCAUAUUCAAGUUGGUGCUAACAAGAUUAGGUGGUAGCUUGGAAUUGUCUUGGUUGCCUAGGCCGGUUGUCCUGAUUGCCUGGGCCGGUUGUCCUAAUUGCCUGGGCCUGUUGUCCUGAUUGCCUGGGCCGGUUGUCCUGAUUGCCUGGGCUGGUUGUCCUGAUCGCCUUGGCAAGUUUUCCAAGAUGGGGCACGGUGACUUUAUAUCCCCUAGCUAUAGAAGAGUUGAUAAAAUGUCCUCCAAAUAUAAUAAUUGGAUUUGUAUUGGGUAUAUAGAUCUCUCUAUUUUUGAUUCCUAUGAAAUCUGAACCAAUAAUAAUAACCAAUACAAAUGUGUAAAGAUCUAUGAUAUACUAUAAGAUACAUGUAUGCUAUCGACUAUGUGAUGUGUUUAUCAAAUAUAUUUUUAUACACAUUCUUAAUCUAAACCCCAUGAAUGUGACAUUUGCAACAUAUUCCUAUGCAUUCCUGAACCCUUUAAUGAGAGGGAACUGCAGAAAUUAAUGAGAGAUGAGCUUUUAUUUUUAAAACUGUGUAAUAUUUUCCCCUAUUUCUAACAGAUGAUCCAAGCCUUGUAUUCAGCUGGUUCGAAAGUUGGUGAGUGAAUCUUUUCGCUGUCCUGUCAUAAAUUGGUGUCAAUUAGUUAGUUAGCUGCCUUCACCAAGGAAAGGACAGGACAAUGGUUGUCUCGGCAGAGAAUUAUUUUAGUGUGAAGCUCCCUUGUUUAUGUGCAUUGAAUUUGUAGUACAGUAGAACCUCUCUAUUAAGGACACCCUCGGGACUGACAAGUGAUGUCCUUAAUAGAGAGGUGUCCAGAUAAGAGAGGUCAAAUUGAAUGGAAACAACGAAUUUGGGACCAAAACUAGUGUCCCUAAUAGAGAGGUUGUCCUUAAUAGAGAGGUGUCUGCUAACGGAGGUUCCACUGUACAUGAGAAUCACCUGGUCACUGAACUUUCAAAAUCGAAGUUUAUUAUAUAAAGGCUCUCUAUGCAACUUGGCCUGUUGAUUUGUUCCAGUUGUGAGGUAUCUCUUGUGAGGUAUCUCUAAGUAUUUUUGAGGUAUCUCUAAGUAAUGAAGUAUUCUUGCUUUUUCUUGCCAAUUUCAGACAAGGCUAGUCUUCUGCCAUCCCGGUACCUUACCUUACCAUACCCGGGCACAACAGACUUAUUGCAGAGAAAUUGACUCAUUUUGUAAAAUUAAGAUAGGAUCUACAUAUGUAUUAUGUGCUCUGAUUCCGGCCAGAAUAAAUCGAAUUCUGAGACUAAGUUUAUUUUGGCACAAUCUACUGUACUGAUAGUGACUUUAUGAUUGAUAUUCCAGAGAUCGUCGCAGUCUUUCCUCUCAAAAUGAUAACUGACUGGUUCAGUUAUUGACCACUGGAUGUAGCUACCAAACUUUGGUCCUACACGAUUUGGCAGCUACAGAACCGAUUGGAGGUUAUUUCAAUUGACAGUGUCAAAAUAUACUUUGGUCCUGUACUAUAACUUGCAAUCAAAUUUAAACCUUGUUCAAGGAUGACUUUGUUAGAGUUAGUUGUUGUACACGUAUAGUCGUGUAUAAGAUAUCAGUACUUAUGUAAAACCAUGAGAAGUCUUUGUUAAUAUAUAUAUAUGGAUAUAUUGUAAAAUUAUAAAGAAAGUUAAUAAAUUUAUCACAUGGCAUGA